CACAAAAAUGGAUAACCACCCACAGCCCCCUCGGCUGCCCUUCACGCCCAGUUUCGACCCAUCCCAGCUACCACCGCCCCCUCCACCUGAGGCCAUGCAGUACUUCCCUCCUCCACCUCCUUUGCCACCGCCUCCACCUCCAGUUGCAGUUGCAGUAGGUCCAAGACAGCAUUAUCAGCCUCUACAACAUCCUCAUGGAAUGGACUCAAUGAGCGUCGGCCAGAUAAUAACAUACUCCAACGACCCUGACCAAAGCUUGAUCUACAAGAAAGGCCAGUACAUCCCAAAAGACAUUCAGCAAAAAGUAGUCCAAGCCAUAAACGUUAUCCAAGAUAUCGAAAUGAAAGCAGGCAUGGACAUCUGCUGAAGUAACCCCGAUUACAAGAAAAUCAGAGCAAGGAGAUACUCUUCCAGCAGCUCUAGUAGAAGUUAUAGCCGUGGAAGAAGUUCUGGCUCAAGCUCCAGCUCUAUUGAAGAGUAUAAUCAUCCUAAGAAGGCAUCCAGGUUCGCCCAGAUCGGAGACCAGUACCAUAGAGAAGAACGAGGCUCUAAAAAGCACUCUAGACCAAUCAAGAAAUCCAACAGCAAUUCCCACAUGGAUGAUAUGGGUUUGCUCUCUGAUGGUAGAGCCAGGCUAUCAGCAGCAGGAGUCGUCACUGAGAGAAUAGGGCUAGGCUCAACUGACAAGAAGGGUGACCUCAUGAAUGUAGAAGAUUUUAGAAUGAAAAUGGGAAUUAAGUUUCAAGAACACAAUGAUAAAAGAAACAGAGACUCCGCUGGAGGCCAGAGAUGAUACAAGUGUAACAAGCCUGGUCAUAUAGCCAAAGAUUGCUCUUAUGGAUUCUCAUAA